AUGACUGAACCCACGAGUUUUGCCCAAAAAGCCAAAGACAUUUUAUUUAUUGCCCUUGUUUUUAUUCUGCCCACUAUUCCUGUUGGUUAUAGAUAUGGCGUUCGCUCUACGGAUUUCUGGAUCAGUUUAGUCUUGCUCAUCGUGUUCCCUAUCUUCUCCGUCGUCCAUGGCAUAUACGUCCUCAUGCUACACCCCAGACCUGCAGCGCAUGAAGGGUACGUGCCCAUUGAUGAGGAAAGCCAGGCUGGUAGCUGUUGCAAUGCCAAUGAGCAGCCACAAUGCCCCGACUGCGGCGACUGCUGCGCCACCCAAACCACGCCCCUCGUAAAGCCUAUGGUUCAGCGGCCAAAGGCGUCUGAGCAGGCUGUUGAGGAGCCUGUCCAGGAGCAUGUUCAGGGGCCUGUCCAGGGCACGUCUGAUUCUCCUCCGUACAACCCUCCUGCCUAUACUGAGACCAACCACUCUGCGACUUUUGACAACAAAGUGCAAUCCGCCAAUUGA